AUGGAUUACGAUAGCAAAAUCACGGCUUACCGCUUUGUCGGUUACUCUGCUGUUGCCUUCUCUGUUAUCUCUGUUCUCUCAAUCUGUGUUACCCUUCCAAUGGUACACAACUAUGUUGAUGAGUACAGAAGCCAUGUCAACGCAGAACUUCGUCAGUGUCAGCUUACUACACAGAACAUUCUCACUCAAGCUUUCACAAUGAAGGAUAAGCCAAGCAACCGUACUGCCCGUCAAGCCAAUACUGAAGGAUAUGGAGGAUACGGAUCUUCAGGAUCUGCUGCAUCCGGAGGUUAUGGCGGAUAUGGAGGAUACGGAGCUCCAGCUAUCGGAAUCGAAGACUUCGAAGAUAACCAAUGCAGUGGUUGCUGUCUUCCAGGACCAGCAGGACCACAAGGACCUGGACAUCCAGGAAAGGACGGAGCUCCAGGUGCUCCAGGAGAGAAGGGACCACAAGGAGAAGCCGGAUCCCCAGGAAACGAUGGAACCCCAGGAGAGCCAGGAGUCCCAGGAAAGGAUGGAGUUGAAGGAGAGAAGGGAAUCUGCCCCAAGUACUGUGCCCUCGACGGAGGAAUCUUCUUCGACGAUGGAAGCCGCCGUUAA